AUUAAACUCUUUGUAUGGGCAAUUAAAUUCCAACUUUAAGCUGAUCCACCAUGAGUAAUCUCAGUAAAGUGUUUACAAAAAUGCGCGUGACAACAAUUAAAAAAGCAAUAAUUUUUUUCAUCUCUCGCAAACCACCUGAAAAUAUUCAUAUAAAAACAGCUCACAUGAAGACCAGAAGUCAUUCAAAGCCAGAACAGUGAUUGAAUUUGAGAGACACGAUGAGUCUUAUUGGAGUUGUGUUUUUAGUUUGUGCGAUUUCUGCAGUUUCGGCUCGUCCCGGAUCUUUGUCAGAGGAUGUGAUAAUGUUCAAGGACACGUGCCUGAAGGAGACCAACGUAACUCCUGAUCAACUUCUCAAGUUCCGCAAUGACGAUCCGUCGGUUACGAAGCCCGUUGGCUGCUACGCGGAUUGCUUGAGCAGGAAACUCGGAUUCCUCAAGGAGGACAACAGUUUUGAUGCUGAGGGAACCAUCAAAAUGCUCACGACUGAAAUUCCGAAAGAAAAGGUCGACGCUUUCCUCAAGAAAUGCGCCAACAAAAUUGGAAAGGAGAAAUGCGAAGUGUCGCUCAACUGGUUGAAAUGCGAUGAGGAAAUCGCUAAAAAGGUCCUUGCCUAAUUCGUAUGACGAAUCAUUGAACAUGAGUCCUAAAUAAGCUUUCAGCUCAUGUAAAUAUUGAAUAAACUUCAUGAAAAUUA